GCUGCUGGCAGGGUGGCUUUUUGCGGUCGCCCCAAUUUGGGGCGCAAGUACCCAGUGGCUUCGCCCCCCAACCCCCGCGAAGAUGCGGCUUGGGGGGCGCGCGUGCGUUUCCACCUGACUCUCUCCCUCGCCCCCUCCCCGGAGCGUUGCAGUGAGAAAGGGAGAGUCUCCCGCUCGGCUGCCGCUGUUUCUCUCCACGUGUCCGCCGCCAGAGGCAGCAGCGUCGGCGGCGGGCGGCCGUGCCUGUGCGAGCAAGUCUGGCGGCGGGAUGGUGGCGAGGUGCUGUGGCUGCCGCCGGGCCCUGGCGGUGGUGCCUCCCGGCGCGCUCUGCCUGGGCGCGGCGCUCAGCGGGCUCUUCAGCUUCGGCUUCUUGGCCGCGGCCCUGGGCACCGAUUACUGGUACCUGGUGAGCGUGGACUCGGCCAACAGCAGCGCUUGGGACGCCGAGCAGCUGAGUUCCCACUCCGGACUCUGGCGCCUCUGCGAAGGGCAGAACGCCUGCACGCCUCUGAUAGACCCGUUCGGCACAGAGAGUUGGCAAGUUCCCGCAUCGCUCCAGCAUCUUAUAUCCAUGCAUCGAGCCUUUGUGGUCCUGCUGCCUCUCAGCCUCGUCCUGAUUGUCUUUGGCUGGAUCUGUGGGGUCAUCGGUUCCUUGGUCCAGAGCUCCAGGCUUUUGCUCUUCACAGGCUGCUAUUUUCUGCUGGGUGCACUGCUGACCCUGUCGGGAACCAGCACCUACAUCUGCUACUCCAGCGCAGCCUUCGCCGAGACAGUGCGCAUGUUUGACCAGCAGCGCUUCGAGCACGUCCGCAUCGCCUUUGGCUGGUCCCUGGCCCUUGCCUGGCUUUCCUUUGGCACCGAGGGGUUGGCCGGGAUCCUGCUUCUCCUGGCCGCUCGGGGGCUCCACCUGAAGCCGGAUGCCUGUGCAGUGCUCAUCUGA